AUUAAACGAGCUCCGAGUAUUAGCGUGUUCCUAUGCGGUAACUUCCGGCGCGGUCAGGCCUGGCUAAUCGAGCGCUCCGCUCGCCGCGUCCGCUCACGCGGAGCUUCAGGGGCCCGAGCGACGUCGGAACCUCCAGCCAUGGCGUCUCUGCGCGCCAAGGACGCCUACCUGCAGGACCUGGCCAGCCGGAUCUGCGCGCGGCCCGGACCGGAGCGGCCAAGGCGGGAGCGCGCUGUCAAGACAAAAGGCUCUGAAGCCUCAGAACCCCCCAAAAAGAAAGGGAAAAAAGCACAAAAGAAAGCCAGGGAGCGGAAGCAGGGGGCUGCAGAGCACAAGACCAAGGCCCUGGGGAAGAAAUCACCCCUUACUUCUGGGACCAAGAAGCCAGCAGCAGCCAAACAGGAGGAGGCUUCCAGCUCCACAGAAUCCCCUGCAGAUGGCCAGGCCACAGGGCCUGACUCUGUCUUUGCUCUGGAUUUUCUGCGACAGCGGCUGCAUGAGAAGAUCCAACAGGCCCGGAGCCAGGGCAGCAGCAGGGAGCUCUCUGCUGCCACUCUGGAGAAAAGGCGGAGGAGGAAGCAGGAGCGGGACCGGAAGAAGAGGAAGCGAAAGGAGCUGAGGGCGAAGGAGCAGGCUGCGAAGGCUGAGGAGGAGAAGGCUGCCGAUGCGUCCCCAGAAGUGGCCUGCACAGAGCCACAGGAACCGGGGCUGAUCUUUAAUAAGGUGGAGGUGAGUGAGGAGGAGCCGGCCAGCAGGGCCCAGCGCAGGAAGGAGAAGCGGCAGAAGGUGAAGGGGAACCUGACGCCGCUGACCGGCAGGAACUACCGGCAGCUGCUGGAGCGCCUGGAGGCUCGGCAGGGCCGCCUGGAGGAGCUGCGAGAGCGGGACUCGGGCAAGGCCCAGGAACUGGAGGCCAAGAUGAGGUGGACCAACCUGCUGUACAAGGCGGAGGGCGUCAAGAUCCGAGACAACCAGCACCUGCUGCAGGAGGCCCUGAAGCGCAAGGAGAAGCGCCGGGCACAGCGGCAGCGGCGCUGGGAGAAGCGCUCGGAGCAUGUGGUGGAGAAGAUGCAGCAGCGGCAGGACCGGAGGCGCCAGAACCUGCGCAAGAAGAAGGCGGCCAGGGCUGAGCAGCGUCUGCAGAAGGCACGCAGGAAGGGCCGUGUGCUGCCCCAGGACCUGGAGCGCGCUGGCCUCUCCUGAGCCGCCUGCCCUGCGCCCCCUCCCCUGCUGGGCAUCUUCUCCCCGGCUGCCACCUCCCUCCUGAGGCUUGACCCUCCAGGUGGUAUGCGACCUGGUGCAGGUCUAGUCUCUGGGUCCCCGUACCUAGUGGACAUUUACCGCCCACAGCUGUUGUGAAGGCUGGGGUCAUCUGCCAAAGAGAAUGCUUCAGUGUCACCUUGAGCGGGGCCACCACCGACCUUCAGUCCCUACUGAAGGGCCAACCAGAUCUAUGCCCAUGUAUGUGAGGGGGGAUGGCUUCCUUGGUGUCCAGAGUUGGGGAAGCAGGAGGGAUUGAGGUGAGGCACUCCAUUGGCCCCUUCCUGCCCACCUGUGCUUCUGGUGGACACAGUAGAGCAAAAGGCCCUGGCCAGCUGCUUCUCUAGUCCACUAGUGCCUGGAAGGAGGGGAACCCAGAGGACUUCCUGGGAGAGUCUAGGUGCGAUAGGGGGUGCCUUGGGCCGGAGCUCCAGGGCCACCUUGCUCUGCCUGGCCACUUUGCCUUUCGGUCUAAUUUCCUUGUCAACCUCAGUAAUACUUGAACCAACAUCCAGCUCAAAACUCAGAGGGCAGAAAGUACCUUCCCAGAUGCAGUGGUUGAUGCCUUCAGGAUCCUAGAGUCGGGGCAGAAUGGCUCCUGGGGGUGGAGGGUUAGAGGCAGGCCUGCUGCUGCAAGCCACCGUUGGGGGAAGCAACCUGGACUUAGCACAGCAAGCAGACUCCAGCUGUCUUCAGAAAGCGCUGGUUUUCCUUUGCUGCACUUGGGUCAGCCAGAGAAAGUGACUCGUGGCCCAGAAAUAACAGGUUUUCAUAGGAUUUUUUCAUGUCUUUCUGGUAGUAACCAUAUUGGGUUUGCGACAACAUAGAUGUGUAUGUGCCUUUUAUCACAUGCUAUUUAAACUGUUACAAAAGCAGGUAUUUCUGGCAAGUGUGGGCAAGGGUUGUGACAGUCUGAGGAACCCUGUUGAUGCCAGUACAGUCCAGCUGUUUUAGCAAACACUGUAAAUAAGAUCA